CUAUCUUACCGACGGCGAUCGCCUUGUUACCAAGCCGAAAAUCGCAAAAAUAAAAAGUGAUUUCAAAUUCAGAAUCGGCCAUGCCCGCUACAAUCGUGACAUAAUUGAUGGAUAUACAAGAUAACGUGCUUAUUAUGAAAAAAUUACAACUUUUGAAAGCUCAUAAACAGUGACAUGUAAAUAACAAGUGAGUUCAGACUUCUUCAAAAAGAAUAAACCAGUGUGCCAUCACAGUGACGAAAGUGUCGUGUCUAGUGUUAUACUAUUUGGAUAUCUAACUUCAAGCUGUUUUACACGGGCGACAAAGCAAUCGCCGGCGACGGUGCCCCUGGCGGUAACGAAGAGGUGGAGUUGCUCGGCGAGGACUUCUUGACGGCGGCUGCCGAGGCGGCCGUUGCGUCGGACAGGAACUUCUUGUUGGGCUCUCUGGAGAGGGCCGACUAUUUGCGGCCGCCUCCUACCGCCGCACCGGCUCCCGCUCAUGUCGCGCACAUGUCGAUUGGAUCGUUGGAAAAUGCAGGGCUUGGCCCGUGCGAUCUGCAAGACCCGGUUUGGGGUAAGAUGAGCGCGUUGACAGCCGGUGUCAAUAAGAAAAGGAAAAAAUCGGAGACCAAACCUCAGGCGCAAAUUAACAAAUGCAACAAUGAGAAACGUCGCCGAGAACAGGAGAACAUCUACAUAGAGGAAUUGGCCGAGCUGAUAUCCGCCAAUUUCGCGGACAUGAGCUCGCUGUCGGUCAAACCGGAUAAGUGCGCGAUUCUUCAAGAGGCCGUUAACCAGAUCAGGAGCAUCAAGCAGCAGGAAAGCGCCACCCAAUCGACGGACCCCGUCCAGCAGGGGGAGGUCUCGUCUUCUAGGCCAACGAUACUCUCCAACGACGUCUACGGGCCGCUGCUCCUAGAAGCGUUGGAGGGGUUUCUCUUUGUAGUUAACAGUGAGGGAAAGGUCGAACAUGUCACUGACAACGUCUCCACUUAUAUAAAAUUCACGAAGGAAGACGUGCUUGGCAAAAGCAUUUACAACUUCAUCCACCAUGGGGACCACGCGAAAUUCCACUCCAAUCUCCUCCCCAUGACCAUAGAGUGGGGCAACGAGCAACAAGUCAACAAUAAGUCAAAAUCAAUAGACAUUAGGUUGUUGGUGAAACCUCCCGAUGACCUAGACGAAACCAUCGAGGAGAAGCAACAGAGGAUCAGCAGUUACGAGUUGAUGCAUAUAUCGAGCACGCAGCUUCGCGAUCAUCUUUCGGUUUCCGAGGAAGACGGCAGUGAUAGUGGGCCUUGCCUGUUGUGCGUCGCGUCCAGGAUAUCGCACAGGGACAAAAACACGUCCAGCAUAGAACAGUUUACUACGAAAUUGGACACUGCGGGAAAGGUCAUUUGCGUGGAUACUUCGGGUUUGCCGGAUACCGUGGCGCAAUAUAUUAGAAAGGAACUCAAGAACCGGGCUUUAAGGGAAUUGGUGCCGCAGCAGGAAGUGCAUAAGGUAUCCGCACAUUUGCGGGAGACCAUCAAUUCGGGACAGUCGUCGAGCACGAUAUACAGGCUUCAAAUCGGGCCGGAUAAGUUGGUGCAAGUUCAAACUAAAUCAAAAUUGUUCAAGACCAAUCCGCAUUCUAAUUCCGAUUCGGAUUUUAUCAUGGCCACACACUCCAUCAUUGGCGAGAACGAUCUAGGAGGCCAGACGGAAUCGGCGAGCGGUACCACCAAUCCUUCAAACACGGGCGUAGGCGGGCCUUUGAUGCCUAGCGUGGUAAAUGGCAACCGAAAUGGAGCGCCACUCAGUUCCGGUGGCGACAGCUUCGCUAAUGCUCUUCUGAACACCAAUACCAACUUCAGUACCUUCAUCGACAACGAGUUCAACUUCGAUAUCUUCCCUUCGUCAACUUUGGAGCUGGAAUCCACCAGUUGGCCAGAAGGUAGACCAGAUUCAAGGACCAGCAUCACACCAACUCCUCGCCCGCCGAGCAACCCCUCGUACAGCAAUGCCCCCACCGCUGUACAAUCAUCCCCCUUCUCCUCCCAACCGAGCCCGACGAUGACCAAUCCCCCCACGCCCGUCGCCAGCAACCCCUACGGCGGGAACUUCUUCGGUUCGAUGAACGACCAAGGGUUUUCGAUGGGAGAACAGAAAGACUCCAAAGCGAAUGUCUUGGAGGAGGCGUCCAUGGCAAUGGUGGACUCGAACAAGUUGAGGAAUUUGCUUACGAAGCCCCAAAACGUCGGCAACGAUACGGACGAUAAGAAGGAUCGAAUAUUGAAGGAGCUGUUGAACCAGCCGGACGAGGAGAGUUUGAGGAACGAUAACAGGGGCAGUCCUAGGGGGUCGUUGAGUCGAGCCGGGUCGAUAGCUGGACAGUCUGAGCCGCCGAAGAGUUCCAGUUCGACGGGUAACGACAUGUUAAGAAAGUUAUUGAAUGACAAGAGCGAUGACGACGACUUGGAAUCGCGAGCGGGAAUGAAGAAGAAGAGCGAGUUGCUGCAGCAACUGCUGAAGCCCGACCGAGACGGUGAUGACGACAAAAAGAACGAUCUUCAAUGUAAUGACGACACUUUGAUGAGAAGUUUGGGAUUCCCCUCUUCGCCUACAGAUAGAAGCAGGAAACGAUCGAUAGAUGACAAGGACGAUAAUCUUAAUAAUAAGAGGAGUAGCGAUGGUUCCCAGGUGUCCUCAUCUGGUACAUCGACAGGCAAUUCGUUACGCGAACGAAACAAGAUGUUAGCUUCACUGUUAGCCAAAAAGCCUCCAAACCUCCAGAAUAUUCCACAAUUGCCUGCCAGCGUGAUCUCUGCCACACCCCAAGAAAAACUGCCCAGGAUCUCUGACCCUAACAAAUCCAUUCAAAUGGUCAUGAAUCAAAACAUGAACAACUCAAGGAUGGGCGUCAACCGAAUGCCUGGUCGCCCGUCCCAACAAACCAAUAACUACCUCAACAUUCUGUCCAAUAAUAUUCAACGCAACGAUAACCGCCAGAUGAAUCAGGUGAAUUCGAACUGUUUUACGUCACCUGCCACCUCAACCACAGACCACAAAUUUCUUUGGGAUAACAACGCCCAAGCCUCCGAUCCCAUGCUAUCAGCACUUUUGGAUCAGGUCAUAGAUAUUGUGCCAGACGAAAUCAUCCAUAUUCCGGAUAGCGGCGACGGUCAACAGAACAACAAUUUCGGUCUCAGUGAAGCUGUGGCCAUUAACAACAUCCAAAAAUUGCUGAUGCAGUGCGAAAGCGUUCUCAAAAGUCCCGGAUCGCCAAUAUCCCACUCCGGUACCCCGCCGGCUUAUUCUUCAGCAAGCUUGAACCAGAAUGCGGCUUCCGUAUUUCCGCCGCCUCCAAAUUACUCGCAGGCCAAGUUCCAAAGAAUGCAGAUCCGCGGUUCCGGCAUAGAUAACCAGCAAUUUUCCAACGCUAAUAUACAGCAAUUGCAAAGAAAACAGCUGCUGUACCAACAGGAGCAGAAACGCCGCUUGCUCAUGCGGCAGGAACAGCAACACCUUCUCAUAUCGUCCAGUGCUGCCGCCAACGCUAAUGAGAUCUCUAAUAAUAUCAACUCAAUCCAGAGCAUGGAUAGCCUCCUAAACAACACGGUGGCCCCGAACGUGUCAUUGCAGCGCUCUUCGAGCGUACCGAACGAACCUCAGCUGUCGCCGCCCUACGGCCAGACAUCCAGAGUGGCCAAUCAGCAGCCUUAUUCGCCGCACUCUCAAAUGACUUCACCCGCCUUUCCGCAAACUACCUCCGUGGCUAAUUACCAGAAUUCCGGCGCCGGUAUGUCGCCGCAAUCGCAGUUCAACGCCCAACUGUCGCCGCGACAGGCCUAUCCUCAAGGCAACGCCCAGAACGCUUCUUGGCAACAGCAGCAAUCCAGGAUGACUGUACAGCAGAAUCCCAUGCUCAGCGCUCAACUUACCAGACCUCCUCAGCAACAGCAGAGAUCCAUCAACAGUCCUGGUUCGGUAUCUAGCAGACAUUCGCCAUACGCUACCAAUGACCAAUAUCCUCCUCCAAAUUCGCCAAAUUCGGCAUUUAAUAAUCAGUACCUGAGACUCCCGCGCACUAACAGCGUUCCAAAUGCUACAACACAACUGCCAGGUGGGCUGGGAUCACCCCGGCCGUACACAGGCAGGGACCACCAUCCCCACCUCUAUUCCCCCGUUCCUCCCCAUCCGCACUCUGUUCCCCCCAUGAUGAGUUACCAACAAGACUCCCAGUACUGUUACGAUCAGACGGGUAUACCAAUAGCCUACAAUGGCUCGGACAGGGGUCGGGCUCCCCCCCCGCCGCACCUACAGCCUGGUGUAUCGGGGAGUGCUCCCACCUCAGAAUUCGUGCGCCAAGAGCUACGCGCCGUCGUAGGAGCCAGGACCGCGCAAGCGCAGCCGUCCGCUGGGUCUGCGCCGCCUCCGAACAGGCCCCCAUCUCAAAUGCAGUUGUCCCAACAGCAACAAGUCAGUGAUCUCGAAACUUUAGGUCUCAACUUCGAAAUGUCUUCGGAAUACUAUGGAGGAGGGUCGACAAGGUGAUCAGAAGUCAUCGCUUCUACAGAAACUGCUCUCGGAGUGACCGCUUGUACAUAUUAGAGAUAUACACUACUAGGUACCUCAUUGGUUCUUGUACCACAGGCUGUAAUCCAGACAGGUUAGCUGUAUCAAAAGUGCAUUACUUCGUUGCUUGUUCGUUACAUAUUAUAUAUAUAAAUAUAUAAGAAAAAUAUAUAUUUAAGAAUAGGGUAGUGCGGAGCAACAGAACGGAAGGCGCAAGGGUGACCGUGCAAUUGUACAUACAUUUAAAAUAAUUAAUUUUUGAGGGACUUGUUUAUAUUUAUGCAUAUAUUAUGAUAAGUAUAGUUUUUUAAUGGCAUUGUUUUCAAAUUCGUACCCCGUUUGAAUGUUUUUAUUUGUAAACAAUUCUCUUAUUUCGCAACCAGAUACCUAACUUCGAAGUAAUUGUGAUAAAAACUUUAUUUACUGUUUACUAAACAGAACGAAAAUGUUUUAAACAAAAAUACACGAUUCACAAAAGAUUAAACAUUUAUGUCAAAAUUGAUUGUGGGGUGUGUGGAAAAUAAGCUGAGUAAUAAUUAUGGUGCUCUGGCAGUCGACGUGUUAUUAUAAAUCAUGUAUUUAUUUCUGAGAAAAAAAAGUCGUUCGAAGAAAAAAUGUUUUCCUUAAUCUUCUAAUAAAAUUUGCUGACAGGAAUUCUAAUGAACGCUUUCCUAGAAAAAGUCACUGCAUCUGAAUAACGGGCUCUUUUUAAAACGCCAGCAGGAUGCAGAUGGGUUCUAGGGACACACAGUAAAGUAAAACUGUACUGCGAAGGAUUUGCCUUCCAGAAUAUAGGUAUUGGACUCAUUUAAAAGGAAAAAAGUAUAUUGUUAGUGUAAAUGAUGGAGGGGCUUGUAAUAAGUAAAAAAAAAUAAAAGCAACUUGGGGGAGUUGAAGUGAAAUUUUAGGGAGUUGAAAAGGGGUAACAAAUAAUAUUAUCGCGAUUUCCAGUGAAAGUUGAUGUCGAAAACAAAAAUUUAUAAUUCAAUUUGUAGAUCAAACAAAAUCUACUGCUCUUGUAGAGGUUACUUUUUUAAUAUGUUUUACAAUGUUUUUACUAAGCAGUAAGAGGAAAUCCACUGCAGAUGGAAUUUCUAUGUGGGAUAGCAAGGGCAUCAUUGCUUUAUUUGGUGUUAAAAACUAAAAUCGGCAUUUUAUGGACAUAGUUUUCUGCAUUCAGGCGACCUUUACACUCCAUACAUAUAGGUGAGCAAUAUACAGGGUGUCCAAAUAAGUUGAAACCAUAUAGGAAACUUUUUUAUUCUAGUUUUAUGAAAAAAAAGUUCUUCAUGGUCUAAAACUUAAAAUUCAAUCAUCAGAUAUCAAAUUUUUUGAGCCGCAUACGAGGUGUGUCAAAAAAUAUAAUUUUUGCUGAAGAAUAAAGUAUCUCUAUUUUUGACAAACCUCGUAUACGACUGAUAAAAUUUGAUAUCCGAUGGUUGUAUUUUAGGUUUUAGACCAUGCUCGUCUUUUUAUAAACAGUAACUUUUUUCCUAAUAUUUAUAAUAAAAGUUUUUUUUUUUAUCAAUUUUUGAGCAUGUUUUUUAAUCGUGUCUAUAAUUUUUUUAUUAUAUCAAAAAGUGCAUGUCAAAACGAAAAAAAUGAGUACCUGAAGGAAGAACUUUGUACGAUAUUUUUUCACCGUAAAUUUUUUUUAAAAAAAGUGUUUUGGACCAAAAAAAUAUCUCAAAAUCUUUUGUAUUUUUUUUUUUUUAGAAAAAAAGAAAAUGUGCUUAAUUAAAUUAUUUUUGAAGACAAAAAAUAAACGAAUUUUUGCAUUUUUAUCGAAAAUGUUGAGGUUAUGUUAAAAAGUGUUCUUCUUCUUCCUUUUUUUUGGGUUAUAUCCUUCAGGACAAUUUACCCAGCUAUCAAAACGGGAGACUAUCAUUGUCUUUUUCUCUUGGCAAUUAGAUACCCUCAAGUAAUAUAAUUAAAAUAUGUAUUUGAAACAGGAUGCAUAAUCCCAUUAAAGCUAGAUUCACUAAUGGAUGGCCAUUUAAGUUAAAGAUUUUUACAGAAACACAUAUGCACAUGACUCCCGAUUCUGAGACCGCUAUUUCAGUCUUGACACCACGGUGUCAGAAUCAGAAGUGAUGUUAAAAAUUUAACUCUACAGGGGGGGUUGAAAAGGGGUCAAAAAUGGUAAUACCGCCAUUUUCUACGAAAGCUGACGUCAAAAACAAAAAUGUAUGAAGCAAAACUUGUAGAUUUUGGCUCUACAACUUUUGCUUCAUAAUUUUUUGUUUUUGACGUCAGCUUUCGUAGGAAAUGGCGAUAUUACCAUUUUUGACUCCUUCAACCUCUUAAAACUUUACGUCAACUCCCCCAGGUUGCAUUUUUUUUUCAGCAUUAAUACAUUUCUUUUACAACACCGUUUUUUCCAUUAGAAUUGAACUAGUAGCAACGAAGAUACAUAUUUUAGUCCUUUUGACAUUGCCAUUGCACAUGAUUUUUCUUCAGCGUUAAUCUAUACUCGUUCACGUAAACUAUGGCCGCCAUUUUGGAUCGCUUAGCCCUCUCAUAACCCACUUAUUCAAAUUUCAAUUCUCAACACUAACGAGCGCCAUCUAGCUGCGACUUUUGGCAGUAGUGAGCCAGAAACCCUAUUGCUCAUCUACUAUUAUAAGCCCCUCUAUCAUUUACAUUCAUCAAAGUCCUGUUAACCAUUGGACUGUAUGUUGUAUGUUUUUUUUAUGAAAGCCCUUGUUGAUAUUAAUCAUUAAGUUUAUUUUACCCAAUGACGAACAAUUACUAAACUAAUCCUUUCAUUCAUUAGAAAAUAAUAAUUUGGCAACUAUGCGAAUUCUUGCAAUUUGCCCAUUGAAACAAAAUUGAUGGUUUGAUUUUACCUAACAAAAAGUUAAAGGAAGCAAAACGUAUUUUUGAUUUUAUUCGCAAUAACUGGAAAGGCUUCUGGUUGCAUCGAGAGAAUAUUACUUUGAUUUUAAACGGAAUUGAUUUGCAAGAGGAGACCAGAAUUCGUUAAAUGCUCUUAGACGAUUUACUUCAUAUGUUCGAUAUUUGUAUGAGAUUAUUCAAAAUGACGCAAAUUUGGCGUAUUAUUAAUAUUAUUAUUAUUAUUAUUAUGAUUAUUACUAUUAUUGUUGUUACUAUUUUUAAAUUGAGUUUGAAGUUAUAAUUCGUAUAAGCUUUUUUUUUAAUAGUUAGGUGCCAAAUAAACCAUAUUGGUUUCGUUUAAUUUAAAAGCCAUAACUACUAUCCCUUAGCUUAGAAGAUUUUAACGUUAUUUUAACGAGCUUAAAAAUAAUGUUUUACUAUUUUUAAAUUGUAUAUUAUGUCAUUUUUUUAUGAUUACAUAUUUUAAAGAUCUGGUUAGAUUACAAUAUGAAGAAAUUAUAAGGUAAUUUUUGCUUUGAUUGUCAUUAAAUUGACACACUAACGAAAUUAUAUUUUUUCCGUUCUUCAAAAACGUGCUGAAAACUAUUCAAGCAUAUUUUGAAGAUACUAAACAAUCUUUAUGACAACUGACAUUUAACGAAACGUUGAUAAAGAGGAAUAAACGAUUUUUUUUAUGAGUUCGAUUUCCCGCCAAUCAAUUCAAUUUUUCUGUGAAUAUUUUUUAGUUAUUUUCGACCGGGGUACAAUUAUGUAAAUUGUUAUAUUGAAUAUGUUUAGUGUUGUCUUCCUUUUAGUGAGUGUUCAAGCUACGCAUUACCAAAAAAGUAUAAAUUAGUAACUGUUAAUAUUUUAUACAUAAUUUAAAGUAUGUUAUUUGGAAAGCCCGUUUUGUUGGACAUUGUGAUAGGCGUUGGCCAUGUUACUGUUGCUAGGACUCGAUCCUAGGCAAUGGUCGAUUUUUCAAUCACGCCCUAUUCGAAAUUCUUUAAAAAGAAAUACAUUUCUUUACAAUAAAAAAAAAUCAUUAAAACGGUGGAAACUAAAAAAAACUAAUGGUUAACGAUUAAUUCCAAAAUUGAUAUGUUACUAAAAUUGACGUAAAUCGUAAAUAAAUGUAUAAUUUGUGUCUUUCAAAUUGGGCGUAGCUAAUAGGUUGCCGUUGAAAAGUUGACCAUCCUUGUAUAUGUAGAAAUAGAAUUCAUACUUGAUUAUAUUGUCAAUUACACCUAGCCACCGAAAAGUAAAAAAAAUAUGAACAAAUUGACGACAGACAAAGCAUUAUUUAAUUACACAGAUAUUUUUUGUACAUUAUUGGAGUUUUGAAAUAUAUCUAUAUUAUAAAUAAAAGUAUAAUUUCCGU